GGAGGAGAGACUGUCCAAGGCGCGCAUGUAAGGCAGGAGCCGAUUGAUCCAGCCUUUUAGGACCAUACCAGACAGUACCAGUUACAAACUGAAAAUACCGCUCACCCAACUUUUUGUUUUUCACCAUCCCUUAAAUUUCGUUCAUCUAGCUUUUAUUUUUUUUCUUUGUUCGAGAGCACCUGCCCGGAGCAUACAGCGGUACAUCCGGCUCCUCAUAGCGGGAUCGGGAGUUGGACAACCCAGCUGCGCAGGAGAGCUCCCCUGCAAAACGCGUCAUGGGAUACCGGAGAAUCACUGCCGCUUUUUGCAUAUACACCUGAGGGUUUUGUGGAUUUACAAUACCGUUUUUAAAAGAAAAAUAAGACAGAUUUGCUCAUUUUUAGAAGAAACUUUUGUCAGUCACCCGGAGCUUUAAGCGUCUGCCAGCGAUUAUCUGUUACUUUAUUCUAACACGCGGUUUAGAUUUUGGUGGAGAGUUGACAGGAUGGUCUCCGACGGCUUCAAAUUGGUCGUUGUCAUCUUGUGUUGUUCAUCACUCACAAAUGGGCAUGUGGACAGAGAGCACUCACCAAAGAUUCUGCCCGCUGGGAAUCCCCUCAUGUUUCAUGUUAAUCAUUUGUUAAAGCUCACGUGCAGAGGUCAUGGCCCACUGCAUUGGACACUUGCUGAUCAUCGGCGAUCCGUUUCAUCAGAGGGGGUGAAGAUGGAACAGUGUGAUUCCAGACAUCACUCAAACUGCAGCCAACUGACAGUCAAACACUUGAGUGGCAGUGACACAGGGAGCUACAGCUGUAGAUACUCCAAAGAUGGUUCAGACCACAUCACCUCCACCUAUGUCUACGUCGAAGAUCCUGAGCAACCUUUUGUGGAGCCUUAUUAUCCAAACCCUACCGUCCUGGGUAUCUACAGGCAUGAGACUACCCUGACGAUCCCCUGCCGGACUUCAUCUCCUGAUACAGUUGUAACACUAACAGGGCAGCACCCACCUUUAUCAGAGGAGGUUCUUAAGGAAAUGGUAUGGGAUCCAAAGGUGGGAUUCAAGAUUCCCUAUGGUCCUUUCACUUCGUACGGUAUGCUCACCUGCAGCACUGUGGUCAGCGGUCGUGAGUUUGAGUCAAGAUACUUCCCUAAAAGACUGACUCAGGUUCUUAAUAAUGUGAAAAUCACUCCAGAGCGUGUCAAACUGUUGGUUGGAGACACCCUCAUCCUCAACUGUACUGGUGAAACCACCUAUAAUGGAAGAAUCAACUUCACUUGGGAUUUUCCAAGGAAGACAGAAAAUCGACAUCAUACAAUCAAGACCAAAGACAACCCUGCUAGGGUCCUUGUGAUGAGCAAGGCUUUAGUGUUGCCAAACAUUACCAUGGAGGAUAAGGGGGUCUACAGCUGCAAAGCUGAGAUUGAGCCCACAAAACACAUGACUGCCACAGCAAAAGUCAAUGUCUAUAAGCAUCCAUUCCUCACCAUCUCCUAUAAGUCCAAGAAGGCAGUGACCGUCAGAGAAGGUGGAGAGAGUGUUGUGUUUGAGCCCAAGGUCAAUGCUUUGCCUCCACCAGACACGUUAGCAUGGUAUAAGGACGGCGUCCCUAUCAUGGAGAAUUCCACCUGUUACAUGAUGUCUAAUUUCAGCUUGAUCAUCGCUGAUGUGCAGCAGAAGCAUGCUGGGGUCUUCACCAUAAGUCUGGGCAACCAAGUGAAGGGCCUAUACACAAAUCUGAGCUACACUCUUCUAGUUGAAGUAAGACCAACUAUUUCAGAGGCGGAGCUUGCAACUGUGAACGUGCAGCCAUACAUGUUUGGCAAACAACAUCAGCUAACCUGCACUGCUGACGGGUUUCCCUUGCCAACCAUCACUUGGCUCUGGCAGCCCUGCCAACCAGACCAAGCACAUACAGAUUGCGUUGCUGACACUGAGCCAGUUUUGGUCACCACUGAUGACAGGGGAAAUUACUCCCACAACUGGAUUAAGAGCAUAACCUCCAAGCCUGAACUGGUUAAAGGAAAAAACAAGACUGUGAGUACACUGGUGAUUGGAGAGGCUAGAGUGUCGGGAAAGUUCUCCUGUAAGGCCAAGAAUGAGAUUGGCCACAGCACAAUGACGAUCCCUUUCUAUGUUGAUGAUAACCCUGAGGAAAUUACCACUGAACCUCAGACAGCCGACGAGCGGAAUGACGUCAAUUUGACCUGUCGGGCAACUCGCUACCUCUACACGGACCUGCAGUGGUUGGAUUCCAUGAAUCAAACAAUCACUUCCAACGUGUCCAGCCUCCAGUUCAGCCAGUACUCCAUUUCCCUUUCACUCCAUCUGCAUAACGUGUCCCAAAACAGUACCUCAGGGUACAAGUGCCAAGCAUACAAGCUCCACAAAAUGGUUGAACUCAAGACCGCGGCACUUACUGUAAAUGCAAGAAAACGUCCUUGGCUGAGUCAAAAUCUGACUGAUCAGGCUGUGAACAGUAGCAGCACCCUGAUACUGGCUUGCUUUGCUCAGGGAGUUCCUCAUCCCAAAAUCAAGUGGCACAAAAAUGGUGUUCCAGUGGAACAAGGUCCAGGUAUCACACUGGGGAAGGAUGGGGUUCUGACCAUUGAGAGGGUGAAGAAAGACGAUGAAGGUCUGUACGAGUGUAUAGCCCAUAAUGAGGAGGGUAUCGCAAAAACAAGUGCUGUUGUUACUGUGCUCGGGGAUGAAGGGAAGCCAAACAUUGAGGUAAUAAUUCUGGUGUGUACGGGAGCUGCAGCCACGUUCCUCUGGCUCAUGCUUAUCCUCUUCAUCCGAAAGUUGCGGAAGCAACCACCACACUGUAAGAUGGGUCCAUCUAUCAUCAUUGACCCUGAUGAGUGUCCCCUCGAGGAGCAGAAUGAUCUUCUUCAGUAUGACAGCAGCAAAUGGGAGUUUCCCCGGGACCGCCUGCGGCUAGGCAAAACUCUUGGCCACGGAGCUUUUGGCAAAGUAGUGGAGGCUUCUGCCUUUGGGAUCGACAAGCUCUCAACCUGCAAGACUGUUGCUGUCAAAAUGCUAAAAGGAGGCGCUACAUCAAACGAGCGGAAAGCUCUGAUGUCAGAGUUAAAGAUCCUGAUCCACAUUGGCCAUCACCUGAAUGUGGUCAACCUGCUGGGAGCCUGCACAAAGCCUGGUGGACCGUUGAUGAUGAUAGUGGAGUUUUGCAAGUAUGGCAACUUGUCCAACUAUUUGAGAAGCAAGAGAGAUGACUUUCUUGUUUACAAGAGCCAGGACGGUAAAGUGGUGUCGUCGGGGUCAUCCUGUGAGCUUAGCGAGUUGAUGAAGCGCCGCCUGGAGAGUGUAGCAAGCACCGGAAGCUCAGCCAGCUCCGGGUUCAUCGAAGAUAAGAGCUACUGUGACUCAGAGGAAGAGGAAGAAGAAGCUGAGGAUUUAUAUAAGAGAGUCCUGACAUUGGAAGAUUUAAUUUGCUACAGUUUCCAAGUCGCAAAAGGCAUGGAGUUCUUGGCUUCUCGCAAGUGCAUCCAUCGGGAUCUAGCUGCACGAAACAUACUGCUCUCUGAGAAUAAUGUUGUGAAGAUUUGUGAUUUUGGACUUGCCAGAGACAUCUACAAAGACCCGGAUUAUGUGCGAAAAGGAGAUGCUAGACUGCCGCUCAAGUGGAUGGCACCUGAGGCCAUUUUUGACAAGAUCUACACAACUCAGAGUGACGUCUGGUCUUUUGGUGUUCUCAUGUGGGAGAUCUUCUCUCUCGGUGCCUCCCCCUACCCCGGUGUGCAAAUUGACGAAGAAUUUUGCUGCAGGCUGAAAGAAGGGACAAGGAUGAGGGCACCAGAUUACGCUUCCUCUGAAAUAUAUCAGACCAUGUUGGACUGCUGGCACGGGGAGCCACAGGAGCGACCUACCUUCACUGAGCUGGUGGAAAGGCUGGGAGACCUGCUUCAGGCCAGUGUGCAGCAGGAGGGGAAGCACUACAUACCCAUCAACACAGCCCUGCUGGCUAAGGUGGGAGACCAGUCCACUACAGUGCCGUCAGAGGAGACACCCAAACGACCCACCUCCCGCUGCGACUCAGGGAGCACAUGGAACAUCAAGAUCCGUCCUGCUAGUGUGAAAACUUUCGACGAGGUUACCAUGGAGGACGGGACAAAUGAGAACCAUGGGGGUGGCCACUCAGACAGCGGGAUGGGCCUCUCGUCUGACAACAUGAAGACACUGAAGCGUCUCGAAUCGUUGGCAGGUCGACCUCUGAGCAUCAUGGCUCUAGCGAUGAAGGCAGUGAGUAAGAGUAAAGAGUCUGUGCUGUGUGACACAGAGAAGGAGAAGUACCCCACCACAGUUCCCUCUCUGGACUUCAGCCUGGAAGACUCACUCCUGGACGAUUCAGCUCUGGAUGAUGGCCUGGAGUGUCACAGCCCACCGCCUGACUACAACUACGUGGUGCGCUACUCCACCCCACCUGUGUAACCUCCGGCUCUUUCCCUGGAGAAUCUGACUUGGCAGCCUCAAGGCCUUCGCUUUGUUCUCCUCUGUUUUGACUCUUAUCUCUGGACUGUCCUGUAGCUACUACGUUUGAGAGGAAAACCCAUGAGAUUCCCUCUCAAAGUGUUUAGAAAGGACGCUCUGAAAUGACUCAUGAAUCUACCAACUUCCAGGGCACUGCUGUGCAACAAAAGAAAAACCUGUAGACUGUUGAUUCCUCUCCAGUUUUCAGACGUAGGCUGACGUUAAUGCUGCUGGUCCGUUCCACAUUCACUGUGAUAUGUCAAACAGCUGAAAACAGGCUCAGGUAUUUCGCUCAUCUACUGUGAAAACAAACCACCGCGAUUCCAAAUUUACCACACAUCUGUACAAACUUUGACCUUUUAUAGGGAAAGAAUAACAUCCAGAAAAGAUAGGAGAGUGGAUAACUGAGGCUUUUCAAGUUUAUACUGAGACUAUUUUUGAAAAUUUAAAACUGGAAAAUAAUUUGUCAGUAAAGAUAAAGAAAAGCUCUUUUUGCAGCGUAGCAACUUUAUUUCCAUGGGAAGGCUGACUAAAGAUCAGUUUUGCUCAAAGCAGAUGAAAUAAAACUAUGAAACUAUAUAAACUAUGAAAAGUCUCUUAUUAGGUGUCAUUGCUCCUGUUUUUCCAUAAAACUAUCAGCUCAAUUAACUCAGGUUGACCCAGAGUGACAGAGGAGAGGUGUGCUCUGUCAUGUAGUGGAUGAUUUUUAAGCUCUCCAGGUUAUGGAAAAUCACAGCUCAAUGGAGGAAACAGGGUAAAAGCUGAGAGACCAGACUGCUUCAGAUUUAACAUUACAGCAAAUAGUUACUGUAUAUUCAGAUUCCUCCUGAUUGAAGAAUCAUUUUUUUUUUGUUCAGUCAAACUAAAAAGAAAGUGAAAAUGAAACCAGAUUUGUUUAUUUUCUUGUGUACAAAUUGAGCUGGCAACAUAAGAUUAGACCAAGACUCCAUAGAAACGGUUUAUUCAAAAAGCACUAGUGAAAUACAUUGUGUAUUUAUUUAGAUUGUAAAUACUGUCACUUGUGUUCACUUAGAUUUGAAAGUUAAAAGUCUGAUUUAAAAGUUAACCAAAGGAUUCUCCCGCUCAGUCUCCCUCAUAUCAACGUAUAAUAUUCCACUGUUUGAUUCCACACUUAAAUGCUGUUUGUGCUGCUGUAUUCACUCAUAUCCUUUGUCUUGUGCCAAGUAUUAGUAAAGCUUGCAGGGCAGGCUACAAAAACUCUACAUGUGUGUGUGAAGGUAGCACCAGUCACCUCUGGUUCACUGUUAUAUUAUUUCGUUGACCUUGUUUCAACAGCCUUUCGAUCAGUUUAUUUGUGAUACAGGAUGCACUGAACACACUGUGGACCAAACCUUCAUCCAUGCCCACGUUAUUGUGCACACACCCUGUAGAAAUGCGACUAGCUUGUGCUUAUUGAUGGCUAAAGAAAGCAGUAUUUGUCAGUGAGUAAACUACAGUAUAAAAUGGGUAUUUUUUUUUAACCCCAAGUGAUAUUUUAUUUGUGGACCAAUUUUUUUUUUAUGUGGAGAAGAAGUGAUUAUGCACUGAUACUUUAUAUCAAGUAUAAUUUUUGUAUUCUAAAGGUAUAUUAUUAUGAAACAGUGUUGAGGGUCACAUGUUACAAAGAUUUCUGAUUUAAUAUUGCAUUUUUAUUUAACUCUAGUACGUAAUAUGAAAUUAAUGUUUUAAUGCAAUGUUUUAUUUCUUGCCAUCCUAGCAUCACCAUGUUCCCCUCUUAUGCUCCUGUCUUAAAUUACGAGCUUGGUUUUAUUAUUUUAGUUACUGCUAUCGUAAUAACAAUCAAAUAUUUCAACCUGAAUGCAAAGAGAAAUUAUUAGUAUUUAGAUUUUAUUGCAUUUCUUUAUACAUCACCAUGAAUAAUAAUUCCUGCAGCAGCUCAAACCGUCCUCCAAGCCUUUUCUGUUUUGUUCAUUUAGUGUAACAAGUUAGUUUUAAUGAAAGUAAUGUUCCCCAACACUGUUAACUGAGCAUAUGAAGUAAAUAAAUGAAUAAAGAUCUAUAUAUUUAUA